UAAGAACCAAUCAUAUAUUACGCCUCUUUUCGCCACCACUUUAAGCGGUGCCGCCGCCCGCCGUCACGCGCAGCCGCGCGGCCUGCUUCCGCGACAGCUUGACCGGCGCCGAUUCGCCCUUCGCGACGGGCUCCGCCGCCUUGACGAGCACGAGCUCGAUGUGCGCCGGCGACGCCAUGUACGGGUUGAUGCGGCCGUGCGCGCGGUACGUGCGCCGGCGCUGGUAGGGAGCUCUGUUCGCUUGCGAAUGUUUCACGAUGAGCUCAUCAACAUCGAGGCCCUUCAUCUCCGCGUUCGCCUCGGCGUUCUUCAACAAAUCCAAGACGAUCUUGGUCGCCUUCUGGGGCCAGCGGCACUUCGAGCCCGCGGCGUUGCGGAGCUUGCCCUGCGCGUGUCUCCCGCAGCCGCCCGUGAACUUCGUGAAGGCGACGGCCUGCUUGAACUGGAGGACGUCUUCGAGGUACGCCUUGGCCUUGGGCAGCUUCAUGCCCUUGAUGUUGUGGCAGACCUCGCGGCAGUGCUUGAAGUGGGCCCGCAGGGCGGAGCCCCGCGCCUUCGAGGACUCGACGGCCUGGUCGGGGUCGAAGGAGUACUUGCCCAUCUUUGCAAGGCCUGUGUGAUUGAGGGUUACGGGGCCGUUCAUGGAUGCUUCUCGUCUCUCUCUGUGCGCGCGGCGGCGGCGUAUGGCGUAGGCUUGGCCGUCGCCUCGCCCGACGGGCGGCCGUCACGCCGCGGCGGCGUCUGGCGUAGGCUCGGCCGAUGGCUCCGCCGUCGGCCCGGGCGUCGGCUCCGCCGUGGGCUUCGCCGUGGCUCCGCCGUGAGCUCCGCCGUGGGCUCGCCUCUCCUAGCUGGCCGCUGGCACGGCCCGAAGGUCACGUAGUGCCGCGGCGCAGCCGGCGGCCGCUGACAGCGGUGCAUGCCAUGCGGUGCCUCAAUCUCCGCCGCCGCGUCGACGCGCGGCCGUCUCUUUUGCACGCGUCGAAAGCUCGAUCGCUAGGUCACUUCUUUGACGUACAGACGCAGUGAUUUGCCGGUAUCGCUGAGCAGCAGCGGCUCCAAUACCACGGCGAGCU